UCAUGCUCAGCUCCGACCCUCUCUGCGAAAACAAAGAGUAAAACAUCUUCAGAACACACUACAGAAAUAGACGACGACUUGAAAGCCGUCAUCACUGUGAUAAUAUGCGUUCUCAUCCAUAAAUCAAAUCGGGUGUCAGAACCUAGUUCCCCUGUCUGUGUGUGUGCAGCGGAGUCUGGGAGGGGCGUCUGUCCGUCCGUCUGUCCGUCCGUCCGGGCAAUGGCGGAUGAGGUGGCCACCGUAUCUGUGGAGUGGGACAGCGGUGAUGGGGGCUUAGCAGAAUAACUCCUCUUUCUGCAUUCGUCUGGUUCUCUGUUUAGCUUGGUGUUCAGCUCUCGCCAUGGAUCCAGAGAAAACGCUGACGUUCUGCUCGGGCUGAAGGCUGAGGAGAUGACCAUGUCCCUGCAGGGGCUGGAUGGGACUGAAACUGCCACGGUGUCUGUUUCUCAGAAGGAGGCUGACGUGAGAACAGUGAAUAAGGUGGUGAAGCAUCAUCCAGGUUCUGCUAGUCGGCCUGUCGUCAGUCCCAAGUACUGCCCUGGAGUAAACAACAAUCCAGGUUACCUGUGUGAGACUGGACACUGCUGUGGAGAGACGGGCUGCUGUACCUACUAUUAUGAACUCUGGUGGUUCUGGCUGCUGUGGACAAUUCUGAUCCUCUUCAGCUGUUUUUGUGCUUACCGCCACCGUCGAGCCAAGCUGAGGAUCCAGCAGCAGCAGAGACAGAGGGAGAUCAACCUGAUCGCCUAUAAUGGAGCCUGCAACUACCCUUCCUCAAUGCUGGACCUCAGUUUUCUGGCUUCCUUUAAGUUGCCCUCCUAUGAGGAGGUGGCAGCUCAGCCCACUACCCCUCCUCCGCCUUACAGCUCCGUCUUUGCCCUGCAGGGAGGUUCCAUGGGGGGUCCCAGCUCCUCUUACCUCCAUCAUCACCACCUUCGUCACCCCUGUCCUCCCUACCUGGGCCCUGGCCCUGGUCCAAGUGGCCUGACCUCCUCCCAAAGCUCCGACAACUACACCAGCUGCUCCUGCGAGUCGUGCUCCCUCACUUCCCCCUCCAGCACCUCCUUCUCCGUCCAGGUGACGGAUGAGACGUACGACAGCAGCCACAUGACCACCGCCCAGUGAAGCAGGAGGUGACUUCACUGUCAUUCCGAGAAUUGGGGCCCAUUUUGCGCCAACUCCUUCCCCGUCACCUCCGCCUCAAGUUCCACCCGAUGUGAUACCUAUCGUCACUCCAGAUGUUGUUCCUGUACAAAGACAGUCAUCCAAUGGCAACACAGGCGUCUCAUCUUUGGCUCCACCGCUUUCUCUUUCUUUACACUCUCGUCCUUCUCACCCUUCUCGUCUCCCGCUCUCCCCUCUUAUCCUGUUAUCUUCCCUCCCUCCUGGUCAAGUCCAUCCUCUCGUCUUCUCAGACCCACUUGGAGCUAUGGCUGUUCCAAAGGUUAAAGAAAAGGCCUCCCCUUGUGGUCUAAUCCCAAGGUCCACCGUGUCUCCCCCGACACAGGCUCUCCUGUCCUCAAAUGUGGCUGCUUUCAUACAGUCCAACAGCAAAGAGGGGCAGAAGCAAGAUGAGGAGGAGGAGGAAGAAGAAGAUGACGAGGAGGAUCACUUCCGCCAUCGCCGGCUGACAGGGGACUCCGGCAUUGAGGUGUGUCGCUGCCAUGUGAAGAGAGAAGUGGACGAGGAAGUGCAGAAGGGGAGUUUUGGCAAAGGAGGGAAGGAGGCUGUGAAGGAAGUGGAGAGAGCAGGUGUGCUGCAUGACAGUGUUGACUGUUCUCUCCAAAGGAAGGCUGUUAAGUCGCCAAUGCUCGACGGUUCCUCAUCCUCCAGUGUAACGAAGAAGACAGGCGAGGCCUUCAUCACUAUGGAGACAUCAUAAGCCUACGGCGCGAGAGAUGAAGAAGUGGAAAAGGUGAGAUGUUAUCAGCAUCCUCGUAGAUCAAGACUAGUAAGUGAAAAGUUGAAUCACUGAAGAAAAGUCUUGCAGGUUUUGAGCAGAGGGACAGGAUGAGGGAUGUACUCUCUUGAUCUCUGUUCUAUUUCAAAGGAGAAAGUUUAAGAGAGGCCGGUAUCUGAAUGACCUUGCAGAGUUGAUUUAUUUGAGAGGAAGGCAUAUCUUUUUCUCUAAAUUGAGGGAAAUUAUAUUUUCUCUUUCUCUGCCUCCUUUUACUCCACAUGCGUACCAAAAUAAUUUCCAGAUCAGCUGUUCUAUAAAUUCCAACACAUCCCAUUCAUUAACUUUUCAUCUUUCCUCACACAACAUGGUAGAAAGAGCAUUGAAAAUUGGUGGUUCCCAACCUUGGGAUCAGGACCUAUCAAAGGAGGGGGGAGAUAAGUCAGAAGUGUGAUGUGAUUAUUAACAAUAUAUAAUAAGACAUACAGUUAUUUUAUUUUCUAAAAACAAUACAUAUGGUCAAAUUUGCUUAUGUUUCUCUUAUCUUUUCUGGUAUUUUAAAGAAAAAUCCUCAGAGGCCAAGAUCAUAUGUGAACAUCAAAUCCUCUUUUAAGAAGUCAUACCACAAAAAUGUUGUUUCCUCAUAGUGCGUAUUACUCCAAUCAUCCUACACUGUUUGAUCUGCACCUAUAUAAAUGAGUAAGACUUAAUAAUUUCCUGACAUCUUCUUGUCUUGAUAAACAAUCUGUCUUAUACAUUCUUGGAGUACUAUAUGAGGUUGACUUUCAUUUUCAGAGGAGCAGCUCUAGCAUUUAUGUCUGGGUCACGUUAGGUGACCUUAUUUAUCUCUACCUUUUGAAAAAGUCAACAACUAUUGAACAUUUGGUUCAAUGACACAAGACUUACCUGCGACUUUUUCUUAUGUGUGGUGAGUUUUUGCUUUCACCAGCUUUACCACUUUGUUGAUCAGAGGAAAUCGUACGAAAAGGCAACUAUUAUAGCUGAUUAACAAAGUGUCUGUUUUAUACAUUGUGUCUUAUGUUGCUCCAUAUAGAAAAGCGGGGGCAUACAUACAUUGAUAUUAGAAGUGUUGGUGGCAAAGCUUUACGAUGGUUUAUUAUUUCAGACUGUUACAUGAUUAUACUGUUUAAUUAAAUGACUGUUUGACUUUGGAUCUAACAUGCUCGGACAUGUUCCUGGUCGAUCAUUGCCAUGUUUGCAAGGCAAUGUAAAACUGAUUCCUCUAUGGACAGACUGUUGAGUUUCUAUAAGGCAGAUACUUUAAUCUUAAUCUCAUCGUCGAUAAUGAAUGUAAACGGUUAUGCAUUGCAACAAACAAAUAUAUAUACUCAUAUUGUUAGUGGGGAAUUUUUAUAGCAUGUUGCUUAACCGAAAACCUCCAGAGAGUGUCCGAAAAUGCAGCAAGGGAAUACAAUCUGCCAUGUGUGGGAUUUGAGCAGACACUUUGAAUUUAAGUGCCCAUUGUGAUGUCUGUCUGAUUCCAGUAAUGCUUGUGAAAUAUCAUAGGUGUAAAUGUACAAAAAGAUGGUUUAAAGUCACACUAAGAGUAAUGCUUCUUUUAUUAUCGCUGUGGCUAGACAUUUUGUCACUUCAGAGACUGUUGUCUUUAGAUGUGUCCUGAUUGGUCCGUUAUUGUGUGUAAACCAGUUUGUCCAUUGAUGUAUCGUUGUUCCGUGUCUGUCUUUAGAGACUAGCCUCUGCCUCAGUGUGGGGGGGAUUGUGAGGUUGAUACCCUAGAUUGUUGCUCUGUACAUCCUUUGAUUAGAUCAAGGUUGUUGAUCCUGGUCUAAGCAUUAGGAAAAGCACACAAUGUACUCUUUAAUCCUAAGUACAGAAUGUGCCGAGGCUUCAAACAGAAAGAGGAAGAGAGAAGGUCUCAAAUCACGUUUUUGUACGUUUGUCUUGCCGUAGAUAUUACAAGACAAAUGUUGCUGCCGAGGGCCAUUUUCUUAUAUCCUCUGCUCUGUGUAAAGCCGACUCCAUUGUCAGAUGCAUGAAAGGGAAAGCUUUUAGAUCACUUAUAGUUUUAUGGGCACAAAGGUAGCCUCAUCUUAGCUCAAAAUCAUUUUAUUUGCCAGAAAAAUGGUUUGUUUGAGUGCAGCUUUAAUCAGGAGCGUGAACAGGUUUGUGGUGCAGUUUUGGCUUCGUCAUGAAGGUUAUCUGAGACACACUUUUCAAAGCUCACAGGUGUGUGUCUGAGGUGAGUGGUCACUGGCAUAGACUGCAUCCUCUGAACAUAUCAGAACAAAAAUCCUUCUGACUAGUGUACUUUUAUUUGCUUUUGACUUGAGAGCUGCUUUCCUCUCAUCGGUUGGAGCUAUAAUGUGGGCUGGUCAAAGUAUACGGUGCCUAGAUUUUCUUUAAGGCAUUCUGUAGUUUAAUGCUGCUAUGUGAGAGAGUGUGUUUGUGUGUGUAUUCUGUAAAUUGUGUAUAUUUGUACAUUAAAUGGUUUCACAUUUUCUAGCAGUGCUUAGCAGUCUGUUUCUCAAAUAUAAACAGCAAAUAGUUCAUGUGAUCUUUGCAAAAAUAGUAUUUAGCAAUAGUAUUCACACUCUUUCCUUACUCUAGUUGACGCUGGUUGAUAGGAAAUUAGCUGUUGUAAAAAAAAAGAAGACAUUUACCUCUUUAUAUCCGAUCCGUGGGCUGUGCUGGGCUGAGGCCCUUGAUUGUACAUAGCAGCAAUUUAAAAGCCUUUGGCUCGUGUUUCUCCUAAGUGCAAACUCAGAUUAUUUGGUUUGAACCUGUAGCCCCUGUUUGUGCCGCUCUUCUGUUACUAUUACAUUCAAACUAAGCAUCUAUGUUUCUGAAUACUAUAUAACAGAAUAUCCUUAAUCCACCUUUUAAUCUUUUCUGAAAGUAUUUCAAUAUUCUCAAGAAAAGUUUCCAAUGUUGUUACUGUGUUUUCUUUUAAACCCCAAAGAUGGCGGCAAGAUUGUGAAUGGAAUCAUUCUUAUUAAGGUUGAUUUCUCUUGAAUUAUAAAAUGUGUCUUUUGUAGCAUAAAUUAUAUUGCUUUUCUUCCUUUUAUAAUGAAAACUACUCUCUUUUUUUAUUUAAGUACUAUUUGAAUAUUUGUUUGAAAAUUAAGACACAUUCAUUCUUAAUCUGGUCCUGCAUAUAUUUGCUCUAUCUUGUUAGUUUGACAUUGUUUGGUUCAAGACUCACAGCGAUCAACAACAUCCUUUUGCUCUGCUCAUUAAUUGGAAAUAUUCUGCAUAUAAAUCCAAAUCUAAACCUAGGACAAAGGAAGUAUUUUUAUCUUGCAGAAGACUAAAUCCUUUUUUAUUUUUAAAUAUUGUCUGGUAUUUGUUUAUUAGAAGAGCUAACAUUAAGCCCCUGGGAUUGAAUAUGGCACAAACAGGGACUAGUUUAAUUCCAACUCUAAUUUCAAAUGGAAGCCAAACUGAUCUGAGUUCAGUGUAUAUAGAAGUAGUUCAACUUUAUUUUGCCUAGUCAGCAGCUAGUAUGUACAGACAAAACGCCCAAACUCUACCCUCAUUGUUACUGAAGGCCAAUGCCUGAUAUAAGACUGUUACCUCGCAGAGUUUUGACUGUAAAAAGGACUGUUUACUUCUGCUUAUCAAGAUAGUAUUUAUUCUAUAUUUGUACUGACUUGAUUUUGUAAUGCCAAGAAUUUAAAAAGUCAAAAAUAAACACAGAGCCCACAUUAGUACAACUGAACUUGUUUGCCAGGAAUAAAACAAAACAUGAAACCCUGUCGAUUCAGGAUUACUGAAGACUGUUUGUCUCCCAGGAGACAAAGCGUUCUCCUUUUCCUCCUGCAGCUACAAGACAGCAGGGUUUAUACGAGUAUCUGUAUGUGAUUCUUUGUGGAAUAGUUCAGAUUAAUAUUGCUACAACUGUGGUGUUCCUUUAGGGUAUACUUGUGUAUUUUUACCUGCAGCUCUUACUGUGUUGUACGCAUGUGUGAGAGAGUUACCGUCAGCCGUAUUGUCGUGACGUCAAAUCAUUGUUGCUUAUUAUCAGGCCAAAGUUGAUCGUUGUUAAACUGAUAUUUGUCAAUAUGAAUAUUCAAACAUUUAUAUGUCAUCAUGAAUAUCAAGUCACUUUUGUACCUUGGUUUAAAGCAAAAGGGAAUUCUGAUGUAAAAUCCAAACAAAGCUAUGCUCUGACAUUUGAAACAUUUCUUUGGUUGCUGAAUCCUGGUGCUUUUUUUUCUCAGACAAGUGGAUUUCUAUUUUUUAGAUUGCAUUUAAGUUUUUUCCAUUGAUGCUCAUUUGUAAUAUAUGUUGGGGCCAGAUAACUGAGCUACUUUAUUUGACAGAAACUGUGGAUUUUGUGUCAAAAUAAAUAAGUGCGACUAGAAA